UCGAUGAAACAAGCGCCGCCGGUAUAGAUCGACUUGGCAACGACUCGUAGUUUCUUGGCUCUGUAGCAGCAUCAAUCAAUGCGAACCGCCUGUGAGCAUUGCUGCGUCCAGCGGUGGCGUUUAAGCAACGAUGUCAUCAAUGAGACUGCUGCUGCUAUUUUGCACUGCCGAUGCUCAGCGCGGCUGGCGAAACGGCAACUGGAUCAGCGGGUUCCGGGCUCCGGAGGACGUCAAGGCGCAAUGGGCCGCGCGACCGCCCAUGUUCGGGCCCGCGCCGCUGGCGAAUCGGCGGCCGGUCACCGACGCGCCCGGGAAACUCGCUAAGCCACGCACGCCGGCACCGUUGGGAGAACCCUUGUGGCCGUUUCCCGCGCAACGCUACGACGCCGACGUUGUGACCGGGCUCGCGCUGAAUUACCGCGAGUUCUCGCACCGGGCCUUCGUCGGCAGCUUGAGACGAGCGGGAUACACGGGCGACAUAACACUCAUCACGGAGCCGCGGAGCAGGCUCCAGCGCGGCUGCGAGGCCUACCUGCGGAAGAGUGGCGUCGUCGCCUACGGCCUCGUGCCCGACUGUAGCGCGUCUAGCGGGGGGAACAUCAAGCACAAGACCUGCAAGUGGCGCGAGGGCCAGCCGCCCCUGCCGCUCGCGAUCAUCCGCCACGCGUUGUAUCUCGCGAUCGCGAAGACGUACUCGCCGCGCAGCAUGUUCUACGUCGCGGACUACCGCGACACGUUUUUUCAGGCGGAUCCAUUUCAGCGCGUUAUUGAACGGAGAGGAAGACGCCUCGAGGGCCUCGAGCUCCUCGUCGUCGCGGAGCACUGGUGCGUCGCGGCGUCCCAGGGAUUUUCGUUCAUUCUUCACUUGACUCCUCGAUUGCGCGAGACACGCCAUCGCCGCGGCGUCAUUUCGAUGCCUGAUCCGUCCGCGCAGGCCCUUCAAGAAGGUAGGGAAUUGCCCCUUCAACGGCGGUUGGGUUCGUAACUGUUGGGGCCGCGCCGAGUGGGACCGGCUGCGCAACCAGUCCGUGCUCUGUUCUGGUUCGUAUAUGGGUGCGCAACCAGCAAUAGUGAAUUUUGAAACAAGACUGCUCAACGAGGUCGACGCGCACGACUGCCACCACAAAGGAGUACCUUCAGAUCAAGGAUAUUUGAACUAUCUAUUUUAUACGGGCAAUCUGCCGGCCGAGACCUUCGUCGAGACGCGCGGCGACGGCGUCGUCAACACGGUGGGAAGCCUCGACGGCUCGCGGCCGCGCCACGCCGGCUACCUCCCGCCGACGCACGUCAACAUCGGAGAAUAUUGGAAGAUUCGCGACGCCGCGGGCUACGUGCUCGAGGACGACCUGACGACGCGGUCGGCGGCGGUCCACCAGUGGGAUCGCUUCGGCCUCGAGUUCCACCAAUUCGUUUCAGAGCUCGGUAGGGACGUACGGCCACGACGACGCCUCAGUUCCGCACAAAAGCUCUGCGACGGAGAAAGGUUAAUCGUCAUCGGGGGCUUCCACCACAGCUUCACGAGCGUCCUCCGCGCGCAGCUCGCGAAACGAUUGGGCGUGCCGCUGCGGGGCGGGCGGGACGAGCGGUGGCCGGAUGACCACGUGGAGGAGGCCUGCUCCGCGGAGUGGACGGUGUUCAAGAAGCCGACGAACAGUCCGCGCGACGUGCGCCGGUUCGAGGGGUUGCGGCGCAAGUUUCCGGCGGCCCGCAUGAUCCUGUGUGGAAAACAACCAGUGCGUCGGGUGCACCCGACAAUUCUUCACUAAGCCAUUUCUCGGCGAUGACGCGGCCGUCCUGGCUCGGUCGAGCGGUGAGGAACCGUCAUUGCCACGCCAUCGAACAGGCGUCGCGUCGAUGGCGUAGAGGUCGACGCGGCAAUUCAGGACGAACGCGCCGUAAAUUUGAUUUCCACACAGGUAUGAUCUUUUGCACGAGAGACGCCCCGAAUCAGAUCUGGUCGCUGAUGAAGCGGACCUGCUACCGAACGUCGGAGCCCUUCGCCACGUGCACGGCCUUAAAAAGGUGUAUGAUCAACGAGGCGGAGAGGAAGUGGCGGAGGCCCAGCGCGCGCGACUGGACCGUGGAUCUGGCGGACUUUGCUGCUGAUCCGCGGAGUCUCUUGCGGGCGGUCGUUCCGGCCCAUCUCGCCCAUCCAAGCGUCCGGGAACCUCGAUCCGCCGCGGGUCCGCCGCGGGGAGGGUCCCACGAUGAUUUAAGAAGAUGGCAGGUGGCGCAGCCGGUCUACGCGUACAACGAUGAUACCUACGAACGCGAGAGUGGUUCCCUGGCGCCGUUGCUGAAGUCCCUGUCGAAUUGCGCGAGGGUCCGCUCAUUGCCCCGAAGCCUGGCUUGCCUCGUUAAGCGUGACAACUGCUCGCGCCAAGUAAUAAGGACUCGAUGAUAAAA